AUGGCGGCUGCCCCUCCUCCUCUAGAACGAGCGUUCGGCAUCACCAACAUCAAAACUCGCGUUCCCUUCCUCCUCGAUGCUGAUGAAGCCGAUUAUGAUGCUUGGCGCGAGCUGUUUCUCACCCACUGGCAAAGCUUCGAUGUCUCCGGACACCUUGAUGGAACCCUCUUGCCCGCCAACGAUGAUGACGCCGCUUGGAAGAAGCGUGAUGGCUUGGUUAAGCUAUGGAUCUACGGCACCCUCGCCAAGGACUUGUUCAAAAGUACCGUCAAGACUGGAGGAACAUCACGUGAAGUCUGGCUCAGACUCGAAAACUUCUUCCACGACAACAAAGAAGCACGAGCGGUUCAAUUGGAUCACAAGCUACGCACUCAAGAAAUAGGCGAUCUCUCCAUUCAUGCGUACUGCCAGGAACUAAAGUCAAUUGCUGAUCUAAUGGCAAACGUUGAUGCACCGGUCUCAGAGAGGACACUGGUCACUUACCUCCCCAACGGCCUAAACGAGAAGUAUGAUAACAUAAUUAAUGUUAUCAAGCAUCGACAACCAUUCCCAACGCUUGAGCAGGCCCGAUCAAUGCUGAUCCUAGAAGAAGAACGACUUGGGAAACCUAAGAAGGUCCCCUCCCACAAAGACGAAUCUUCCUCCUCACCUAAGGGGUAUCCAAUGUGGCCACAACAACAGUUCAAUCCUUGGAAGCAAAUGCCUCUGUCCCCACAUCCACAACCGGGUCUCCUUGGAUCACGCCCUCAACAACAAAUGCUGGUGCAAGGAACGCACAACAACAAUAGUAAUCAACCACAACCAACGAUGGAUUUUGCCUCAGCAUUCAACACAAUGACCCUCAUUGAUCCAACAGACUCCCAAUGGUACAUGGACUCCGGCGCCACCGCACACCUAUCAAACACGGCAGGAUCUUCAAACACGGAGGACUCUUCUCCGCAGUGA